AUGGUUCUUCCACCUCCAGUUCGCUCACAGCAUCUCGCCAGAUCUGCCGCUCCCGCUGCAACGCUUCAAGCCUUUCAAUCGGUAAUCCGGAAUCCCUGGAUACCAUGUCUUCCAGAAAAGCACAUGGACCCUCCAAUAGAUGGCUUUCACCGAACGCCUGGUCCGCCGACUCCAGAGGCUGUAGCGUCACAAGAUCUGUGGAUAUGGCACACGUUUUUUGGACCUCCAGGUACGUUAAACGAUAUCAAUGUUCUUGAUCGCUCUCCGGUUUUUGAUGAUAUAUUACAAGGUCAUGCUCCUAAAGUUAAUUACUUUGUCAACGGCCGCGAGUAUCAUUUGGCUUACUAUCUCACCGAUGCUCGCUUCGCCAUAUUCAAAAACCCGGCUCUUGUCCAUGAUAAGGAAACAAUUGGAAAGAUAAUGAGAGCGUGUAUCAUACUUCACAACAUGAUAGUAGAAGACGAACGAGAUGAGUAUAGACAGUUGGAUCCAACAGAAUUCGCACAAGUAGAAGCACACAGAACUUCACAUGUGGACUCCACAUUUUCAACUGAUAUACCUUCAAAUGUCAGCAAUAUGAUGACCAUGCUCAGCAAGCGGAAGGAAAUUCGUAAUCAGCAAAAACAUCAACAAUUGAAGGAUGAUUUGGUUGAGAAUAUCUGA